AUCGAUCUCCACUAUAUGGGAAACCCGGACUGAUAAAAACAACUAAAAAACUUUCUUCGUGUAAUUUAAAUUACGGUUGUAACGUUCAGAUGUGAAUCUCGAAAUGUAAAUACGUAUAAGUAAAUUCUGCUCAAUAUUUGAUGAGGAAAAUUAGACAAGUACAGUUUAGAAUGAGAAGUUGGAGUGGUCAACGUUCAAAAGAUGACGGCAGUCUUGUGAAUCCUGUGAAUGCAGCUGCUAAUCUUAUGUCUCGGAGUAUGUCCCUUAAUAGCCUCAGUGAUGACCGUCGAAAACCUGAUACUGGUUGUACAAAUAUUCGACCCAAUAUUCCUUCCCGUUCUAGUGAUGAUUCAGGAUUAGGCGCAGUUACUGCUCAUCUAAACCGUAAAAGAACGCCUUCUCUACAUUUAGAUAUAGGAGGUGUAUCAAGGGCAAGUUCUUUCGCUGGAUCUAUGAACACUUUGCCAACAACACCUACCUUGAGCAGAAAGGAAGGUUUCUUGUUUUUUCGAGAAUCUUCAUCCGAAAAUGACUCACUCGUUGUGAUGUUAAGCGCAGUGUAUGCCAAACUUUUGGUCGUAAUGGGUAUCAGCUUCCCUUUAGCAGAAGUUAUCUCUCACAAGAUUCCAGCAUCCUAUUAUGAAGGAUUUUACCUUUACCUUUACUUGGGGAGUAUAAUUUUCCUGAUUUACGUUUAUCUGUUCCUGUUGAGGUCAGAAUCUCCGAAAAAUACUAAAGCUCAAUCCUUUUUCAAGCAAGUGUUAAGGCGGGUAGGAUCAGUUGCAAAUAGUUUGAGCACUAUGGAACAAGGUAGCACCGUACAAGCAAAUAAACGGCGUUUCAAUGAUGCAGCCCACUGCGGGAGCUUCUAUCUGCGACUUGGAGCCGUUGCUUUCGGCAUUGGUAGCAUGAUCUACUCAGGACUGGAAUUCGGACAGUUUUUUGAAUUAGAAGUAGAUUCUCAUUGUUACAAUAUAUUAUAUGCCUUAACUCCAAGUAGCAGAAUGGCGUUCACAUUCAUACAACUUUAUUUCAUUUUCCUGAAUUCACGAAUGGCGAUCAGCAAGUAUAGGACUUUGGCGAGGUUUGGACUUAUGCAUAUGAUUGCAACAAACAUGUGUGUGUGGUUACAUGUACUGGUUCAAGAGACUAAGCAUGAAAUUUUGACUUUAAUUACCCCAAAUGCUACGAAUCUUAUCCCUGCCUUUGUCAUCGAAGCCCAGCACACUGAAAAUCUUCAUAAUUUAGAGCAAGAUUACUUUUCACCUAUUGCUGAGGAUCUGUCGGAGAAUUUCAAUCACAGUGGACAUCAUAGAGUAAUUCGGUCCAUAGAUAUGCAUGGAAUCUACAUGAGCCAUGGCUGCAGGCGUUUGAAUAUAAUGGGGGAGCUUGUGCAAAACGCUAGCCCAUUUCUAUUCCCAUGCACCAUCGAGUACAGCCUAAUAUGCGCAGCUAUCCUCUAUGUCAUGUGGAAGAAUAUCGGACAGUUUCGACAAGUAUCAAGUGCAAUGGAUAGUGCAAGUCUGAGCAAUGCAUUAGUUCACGGAACACGUCAUAGGCAUUAUUACCAAGUUGACUGUGCAAAAGCAAACAAAGGUCUUUUUACUGGUAUUAUUGUGCUCGUAUUGUCCAUUAUUUGCCUAAUCAUAUUUUUUGUGCUUAUAAAUAAGCCUCAGUACAAGUAUUUAGCAAUACUUGAAGCGCACAUAGCAGAGCUAGUACUAUAUCUGCUUACGACAUUAGCAGUAGUAAUUGCGCUUGUCCAAGUUAGAGAGUUGAAAUACAAUCCUCAUCAAAUAAUGGAACUGGACAGCAUUCUUCUUGUAGUGGCUCAAAGUGGAUUGUAUCUUUUCACCAUGUUUAGUGUAAUAGGAGGUCAUUUUACCAUGGAUCAAAACACGAUUUUAGUGUUAUUAACAGCGCUGGUAUGUCUUAUUCAAGGAACAUUUCAGACAAUAUUCAUCCUUGAUGCUUCAAGAAGAUGCGCCGGCAAUAGUGAUCAAGCACAUCGUAAACCCGGGCGAGAAAUGGUUACCUUCCUUCUUGUCUGUAAUUUCGCUAUGUGGGCAAUAAAUACAUUAGAAACUCGCCGAGCUGAUUCCAAUCCAGUGCAAAUGGAAUUUUAUGGAUUUUGGGCAUGGACAAUUAUUACUCAUGUAACAACACCACUCACGAUAUUUUUCCGGUUCCACUCAACAGUUUGCCUUUGUGACAUAUGGAAAAGAACUUACAAAGUUAAAGCUGAGUACGUUUAAUGCUUUAGUAAAUAAUUAUCUUAAGCUCCAUUAUUUAUUCUUUGUUGAUUUUAGGGACUGAGUUAAUUUUUACUAUUAAUACAAUAUCAAGAUAUAUGCAUUUUGCAAGAAAAUGUUGUAAAUAUUUUUACAUUAAAAUAUUAAAUACUUUA